ACAAAUUAUUACACUUUGGGUUGUUGUUGGUUUUUUUUAAAAAAAAUUCUUUUUCCAGAAAACUCGGACACUUACUGGUCUGGAACUGCCCCCAUCUGCAUGGGGGGCUGUAAAGGAAAGCACAAAGAACUGAAGAAAAGCACGUGUGGGAAUGGAAGCUGCUGCUGGUUGGGGUACAAAUCAUUUUGCCGGGUGAACUGCGGACGACCAGAAACAGAGUUCAAUUCGGUGGUCUAUGGGAACGACUGGUGGGUCGGGUCGGUGGUGCGCUACAGCUGCCGGCCUGGGUACCUGCUGGUGGGGGAUCCUGCUAGCGCCUGCCAAUCGAGUGGCCGCUGGACCCCCAAACCUACUUGCCUCAGGAUCUGCCUCCGGGGUCGGAUUGACAUAAAUGAGCGAGACAUCGAUGGGAGCUGCUCCUCCACCUGUCCCCAUAAGGUGUACCCAGGGGCCUUUCUCAAUCAUGGCUGCAUCAAGAUCUCCUCCUGCGUCACUAAGCAAUCUGGCUGGACCCGAUGGUUCUCUCGCUGUGACUUUUGUGAGUGCGAUUGCUACGUCCCCUGCGCUUCCUCAGGAUAAAAAACCCAACCCCUGUGGAGGGGCUGCUCUGCACGCUGCAACACCUGACUUUUAUGUCUUAAGCAGCCCUUGUUUUCUGGGGAAUGUGGCUCACUGAUGAAAUAAUCCCCGCUGGAUUCAUCUCCUCUUCCUAACCAGUUUCUGGAAUGGCGACUCGACAUUUUUUAAUUGUGUGCAAAUAAACCUGUUGCAAAGAACGCAUGCGUUCUGACUCUCCCUGUAAGCAGCCAUGUUCUUUUAGGGUGGGGAGGUUCCCAGAGGACUGGCAUCGUUAGUUGUCAAGACACACAGGUUGGUGGCAGGAAACCUGCUUGACAUGCAGAAGUCUCCAGAAUUGAUCCCUGGCAAGGCCGGUUCAAUACCACCUGGUAGCAGUGCUG